GGAAGACGACAGCUUUUUUGAAAAUAUUGGCGGCGGUUGUGCUAGCGACAAGGUUAGCGAGUUUAUUCACUUAAUUCGAGCUACUUUUAAACCGAGCGUUUGAUCUGAAAGUGUCGCCUUAGUAGGGAUAUGGACGAUAGUCGUUACUAACAAAAGGGAAACCAAGAUGGCGAGUGAUGUGUGCAGCCAUGUAAAGGUUGUUGUUCGAGUGAGGCCGGCCAAUGACAGUGAAAAGCACGAAAACUGUCGAAAUGUGGUCCAGGUCGUCGAUAACCACAUGCUCAUAUUUGACCCCAAAGAAGAGGACUUGUCGUGCUUUGGGUCACAAAGAGUACGAAACAGAAACAUCAAUAAGAAGGCUAACAAAGACCUGAAGUUUGUUUUUGACCUAGUCUUCGACGAGAAUGCUACACAAGUCGACAUUUUUGAGAACACCACUAAAGGAGUGCUGGAUGGGGUGAUGAAUGGAUUCAACUGUACAGUGUUUGCCUAUGGUGCUACCGGAGCAGGCAAGACACAUACCAUGUUAGGUUCACAAAAUGACCCUGGGGUCAUGUACCGCACAAUGAAAGAGCUCUUCAAACGCAUGGAUGACGCCAAGGAGGAGAAGGAGUUUGCAGUUGCAUUUUCAUAUCUUGAAGUUUACAAUGAACAGAUCAGAGAUUUGUUGGCUAAUGCAGGACCUCUUGCAGUCAGGGAGGACAGUUCUAAAGGAGUGGUUGUACAAGGCCUCACACUGCAUAAGAGUAAAAAGGCUCAUAUACCGUACAGAGACAGCAAGCUGACGCGGAUACUUAAAGACUCCUUGGGAGGCAACUGCAGGACGGUUAUGAUUGCCAAUGUUAGCCCCUCUUCCAAAUCAUAUGAUGACACCCAUAAUACCUUAAAGUAUGCCAACAGGGCUAAGGAGAUCAAGUCCUCGCUGAAGAGUAAUGUUGUCAGCUUGGACAGUCACAUUGGCCAGUAUGCUGUGGUCUGUGAGAAGCAGCGGCAAGAGAUCAUGCAGUUGAAGCAGAAACUAAAAGAAUAUGAGACGAAGAGCACGGGGGCUGGGGCUUUUAGCACAAUCUCUUCCCAGAAGCAAGAAGAGUUCAAAAGGGUGUCAGAAACGCUGCGGCGAAUCUUCUCGAGCCGAGCCCAAAUCAGGCAAGAACAGCUGGAUUUGGAGAGACAGCUGAAGGAGAAUGAGCUGCGCCAGCGCUACAGUGAAGAGGACAACCUGCAGGUCCAAUACCUCUGUGCCAAGGAAAAGACUGAGAAGGCCACUUGUAAGCACGAGCGGAAGAUUGCCAGCUUACGGACUCAGCAGCAACACAUUUGCAAGCGUUUGAAGGAGGCAGAAACGCGCUUCCUGGAAAACGACGGCUGGCUUCACCGCGUCGAGAACGAGAUUAGGUUGUUAAAGUCGAACGAUCAAACCACAGAGGUGUUAGAGAAGGAGCUACACUGCCACAGAUUUGAGCUGCAGGUAAAUGAUCUCAAACAACACAUCAAGCAGAUGGUCAAGCUCACCAAUCUACAGGAUCAGGAAAACAAGCGCAUGCAAAAAAUGGUGAACAUCUUGCUGCCAGCUUAUAGUCGGCAUUAUUCUGCGCUGCGUGGAGCCGGGCUGACCACAGAAGCUGACGAGACGGACAACCAAGAACUCGAACACCUUGUGCUGAGGGAGAGGGGCGUGGUCUGGGCUGACCAGGAAGGGGCGGGGCCGCAGCAGAAAGGUGGAGGGAUUUGUGUGGAGUCACAGGAGACAAAUGAGGCAGGAAAAAUUGGACUCCGCAGCGAGCUGGCACCUGUCCUCUCUUUCACACAUCUGCAAUACCACCAGAAUAGCCCCUGCAGUUCAGAGAGGCACGCGAAAAGAUUGUGCAAUCCUUCUCCAUCACCAAAAGGCAAAGGAAAUCAAACAGAUGUGGCACAGGAAUCACUUCCCAGAAUGCCCAUCAGGAGAAAUUUAUCUGCGUUACUUCCACCGCAAAGCCCCCGCACAGUUGCUGCUAGCCAAGAAUUUGAGGAGGACAUGUUUCCUCUCCAGUGCACGCCAGAACCGUGUCAAAAAAACACCCAGGCCCAGCUGCCAGGCUCCUCCAGUGCCAUGGAUCCAAACAUGACCUUUGAAGUUAUAGACAAUGAAGACCAAGCUGCAAGUAACGCAACCAUCAUAAUAAGCAGCAGUAGUCCGUGUCAAGCAUCAACGUCCACAGACGUCUCGGGUCAACCUAACAAAGCCAUGGAGGGGAAUCAGAUGACCACCAAACGACAACAAAUCGCACCGCUCCAAGAAGCGAGACGCACCAACCCGACCUACAUGAGUAUGACGUCUGCUGCACAAGGGAAGCGAAAGUUUAACUGCAGCUUCAGAGAAGAGUUAACACAUGCAGCAAAGCGCGUAAAGAAAGACUCCUUGGUGGCCCAGAGGCCACUCAGAGUGCAUCGUUUUGUUGGUUCAGAGAACAAGCCUCGGAGAGUUGUGAGGAGCGCUUCUGAAGGAUAUCUUAACCUCAUUGAACCGCAGAAACCCAAGUCCAUUUUCUAUAAAACAUCUCAGCAGCUGAAACGAGUGGCUAAACGCAUGUGAGGCAGCACUGAGCUCAAGUCAUAUCGCCUUUAAAAACACUUUCGACCCUGCACCUUUUCCAUCCUCAUUGGUGUUUUUAGAAGAUCUUUUUUUUCUCCAAAGCUUAGAAGAAAGUGCUCAAUUGUGCAGAAAUGCUAAAUGUAAUUGGAUAAAAGUUCUACUGAGUCGUGUUUUAUUUCCUUUCAGCCUUGCACUGAAGUGAACUUUCACUUGUACAUAAGCAUUGUAUGGGCAGUUGUAGAAUAUUCAGAUUAUUCUUGAUUUGUAUUAGUUUGGAGCCUUUCUUUGUAUUUUAACCUGUAUUAUUAAAGUUAUGUUCACACUAACAGCAAAAAGAAAAAAAAAAGGAUAAAUCACUGUGUGUCCUGCAGAUAUUUUUGUACAUUAUGUACUUUGAUCUAUUUUCAAAUGGUGAUCAGCUUUUAGGUGACCACAUUAACCAGGGCAGCUAAUAACAUCGAAACUGCUCGACUCUGAGCUGUUUGUGUUUCUUAUUUUUAUCCUGUACAGGUAAUAACAUGGGUUUAUAGAUAUUUCAUAAUAAAAGUGCUUGUAAGAGAAUCUGUGGUUUUUCAAUAAAAAGAUCCUUUUCAUCAAAAAAAAGUAAAAAAGAAAGUAAUAUCUGCUUUUUGUGCCAUUGAUGCUGUGCGUGAAUGUGGUUCUCAAUGACGUUUCAGUUACAAGAUGUUCCAACACUAAGUAAGUGACAUCAGACGGCCUCAGAGAAGGUGAAAAAUACAAUGGCAGGCAAAAUUGAACUGAGCUAGGAGUGAGUCACACAUAACUCUUAUUGUCUUCCUAUAACAUUCAUAUGCUUUUAGGAAAGAGAUCGUGAUUCCAGCGAUGCUAUCUUUACAGAUGAAAGUACUUUGGUGUUGUGUUUGGGUGUUUUUUGCUCU